AUGGCCGGGCUUGAUCAACUGCUGGCACGCGUGCGCGUCGUGCUGCUGCUGCUCCUCUGCGAGGCCAUCGCCAGGGGCGAGGCGGCGGCGCUGCUCGUCUACAGCGACGGCUACUUCUACACUCCCGAUUACAAGUACCGCACGCCGUGGUGGGGCGCGUUGCUGCUGCUGCUGGGGCUCGUGUCGGUGGUCAUCGCGCUCGUCAUGUGCUUCUGCAACUGCCUCGGCGCCUGCUGCGACUGCUGCUGCCCGCCCCGCACAGUGAAGGUCGUUCACGAGCGCUCGCCCGUGUAG